CUAUUAAGCGAUGUUUAGAUCUAAGGCGAUGUUUAGAUCUAAGGCAAUGUUUAGAACAACCAAGAGUCUUUAAAAGGUGAAUACUUCAGUCAAAUGAGGCGAUUUUAGCUCAGUCAUCAUGCCUAUUUACAAUACAAAACAAAAGACGAUUGCUUAGAACUAUAGGAGGCGAUAUUUAAAUCUAUUGGGCAAUGCAGUUUAGACCAUAAAAGGCCUGAGGCGAUGUUUAAGAAUAGUAUAACAAAAUAAAUAAUGAAGGGUGUGUCAUUGUUGCUAUGGUAACAUUAACCACGAUCACACAUGGCGAGUUCCAGCAAGCACAGUGCCAGCUCCAUUGCAGCUGAUAUCGGAAAAGCCAUUAACUCCAUUCUUAAGAAAUAUGAAGAAGAAGAAGAUGAUGAUGACUUUGUCAGUGAGCUUCCGCCUAGGAAGAAAACAAAAAUAUUACCAUCAAGUUUUGUUAAGAGUAAGGGUAAGAAUAAAGCUACACCAGCUGUUCAAAGUAACAACUGCAGGAAAGUGACAACAUAUCAUCGUGAUAUCAUCUGUCUACCGAUGUCGUAUCGUACCAAUUCCUGCAGCAUUCCUAUACCUAGAGAUCGAAAUGAUCUCUCUCGAAGUGGACUCAUUGGGAAAAUUACUCUCACUUCUGAAAU